ACGCUGUUCCCGACUAACCUGAAGUGCUUCUCCCUGUCCCUAGGCGAGAAUGUGGACAGCAAAUUGGAGUCCUCGAGACAGCAGAUGCCAAAGGACCAGUCAAAAGAUUAUGAGAUAACAGUUCCCUUCCUUUUGAAUGGAGAACAGUGGAGACCAGGAAAUGGCUUUUAUUCAAAGAAUCACCCGGCACUGCUGCAGUUUGUAAUACAAGCUGAAAGUAAACAUCUAGUCAUCAAUCUGGAGAGAAAUGAGGGCCUAUUAGCCAGCAGCUUCACAGAAACACAUUAUUUGAAAGACGGCACUGAUGUGGUUCUCGCACGCAAUUACACGGGUCACUGCUAUUACCAUGGGAACGUACAAGGGUACCCCGACUCCUCAGUCAGUCUCAGUACCUGCUCUGGACUCAGGGGAAUUAUUGCAUUUGAAAACAAAAGCUACAUUCUGGAGCCAUUAGAAGGUGCUACAAGUGAACACAAGAUCUACCGAGCAGAGAAUUUGAAAAUAGCCCCUGGAUCUUGUGGCCACCAGCUGGACAUCUCUGCCAUGAGAACUGAUGACAAUGACCCAUCACACAAUUCUCAAGCUGGCAGGUACAAGAGAGAGACUCUGAAGACAACAAAGUAUGUGGAGCUUGUUAUUGUGGCAGAUAAUCGUGAGUUUCAGAGACAAGGCAAGGAUGUGGAAAAAAUUAAGCAGAGGCUGAUAGAAAUUGCAAACUAUGUUGAUAAGUUCUAUAGGCCACUAAAUAUUCGAGUAGCCCUGGUCGGAGUGGAAGUAUGGAAUGACAUGGAUAAGUGCUCUAUUUCUCAAGACCCUUUCACCAGCCUCCAUGAGUUUCUGGACUGGAGAAAGCUAAAACUACUACCUCGUAAACCCCAUGACAAUGCACAGCUGAUAAGCGGGGUGUACUUCCAAGGGACUACCAUUGGCAUGGCGCCCAUAAUGAGCAUGUGCACUGCAGAGCAGUCUGGAGGGGUCGUCAUGGAUCACUCAGAAAACCCGCUAGGUGCAGCAGUCACCCUGGCUCAUGAACUGGGACACAAUUUUGGGAUGAAUCAUGAUACAAUGGAGAGGGGCUGUAACUGCAAAGCAUCCACCGAUAAAGGGGGCUGCAUCAUGAACCCCUCUACUGGGUAA